AUCCACGGAGGCUUGGGCUUCCAUUCCGUUUCCUUUGCCUUUUGCGGAAAGGCUUGGGCUUCUCGUCGCCGGUCGGCCGCCAUGGUGACGACUCGCAGCGGAGGGAAGCGCCUGGCGGCAUCGUCCUCCCUGCUGCCCUCGCCGACCAAGCGCGGCAAGGCGGUGGAGAAGGCGUCGGAGGCUUCCGCGCCCGAAGCGGGGGCGGCGGCGGCGGCAGGGACGCGCUCGGGCCCCAAACCGUGGGCGAAGCUGCUUUCGCAGUGCUCGCAGACCCCCCAUGUUCCUAUCUUUGGCAACCAAAUUUCUGUUGGUAGCGAUAAAAACAGUGACAUAUGGUUGGAUGACCAAACUGUUAGUCAAGAACUAUGCAUACUGCGGCGUCUUGAGCAAGGAGGUCCAUGUAAGUUAGAGGUCACAGGGAAAAAUGGUAAGGUUGCAGUAAAUGGAAGAAAGUUCAGAAGUGGCUUCAAAUUUCCCCUCAUAGGAGGGGAUGAAAUUGUUUUCGGUCAAUGUGGCAAGCAUGCCUAUAUUUUUCAGCAUCCUCUAAGGGGUAAUGCAGUUACUGCAGCAUUGGCUGGAGAGAAUAACCAGAGGGUAGUUGGAUCUGCUCUUGAAAAUCAGAGCGAUAGGUCUAGUCCAUCAGCUUCUUUGCCUCUGAGCGGAUGGCAAGAGAUUCUGAGCCCAAAGGAUAUUGAAGUAACCUUUGAUAAUUUCCCAUAUUAUCUCAGCGAGAGCACAAAGGAGAUACUCUUAUCAUCCGCGUUCAUACACAUGAAAAAGAAGUCUAGGAAAUUCUUACCAAAACUUUCACCUUUAGAUCAGCGAAUUCUGUUAUCUGGCCCACCAGGGUCUGAAAUUUACCAGGAAAGAUUGAUAAAGGCACUUUCAAAGCGUUUUGACGCUAGACUUCUAAUACUUGAUGCUCUUAUGCUGUCUGGUCAGACAUCUUCUAAGUUUCGAGAGUCCAUAAAGGAUGUCCGGAGGGAUGUUGCACCUUCUAGUUCAGGAGAUGAUAUUGUGGGGACAUCCAACAGACACACUUUCGAAGAAGGUGAUUGGGUAGAGUAUACUGGUACUAGUUCAUUAAAUCUGGCACCAAGGGGCCCUUCUUGUGGUUCUCGAGGCAAAGUGGUGCUUGCUUUUGGAGAAAACCGGUCCUCCAAAGUUGGAGUUAGAUUUAACAAUCCUGUAACUGAUGGUAAUGAUCUUGGAGGUUUAUGCGAGGAAAAUCAUGGCUUCUUUUGUCAUGCUUUGGAACUUCGGACAGACUCUUCUGGUGGAGUUGAUAGCAUUGCUUUAGAAAAGUUAAUCGAGGUCAUUUCAGAAGAAAGCAAAAGCAGUAAUUUGAUUGUUUUACUCAAGGAUGUAGAGAAAUCAUUUACCGAAUGUACAGAAUCGCAUGCAUCACUAAGUGAACUUCCUGCUGGUGUUCUGAUAAUUGGGUCUCAGAUUCAUGCAGAGAACCGCAAGGAUCAGGAAACCCCAAGCAAAUGUCCUACCAAGUCAAUGGAGCAUCUAAAUAAUCUUUUCCCUAAUAAAAUUUGCAUUAAACUUCCCCAGAAUGAAGCACAGCUAUCUGAUUUCAAGAAACAAUUAGAUUGUGAUACUGAAACCCUUAGAGCUAAAGCCAAUAUUCUUAAUAUUCGUAAGUUUCUGAUUAGUAGAGGAAUUGAGUGCAAUGAUCUUCAAGAAUUACCUAUCAAAGAUCAAUUACUAACUAAUGAAAAUUUGGAAAAGAUUGUUGGAUAUGCUAUUAGUUAUCACCUUCAUGACAGUGAACCCCCAAAUGAUGGCAAAUGGGUACUUCCAAUCGAAAGGCUCAAGCAUGGAUUCAGUAUGUUACAGAAUGCACACAGUGGCGCUAAGAGGUCAAAGAAUGCACUAAUGGAUGUGGUCACAGAGAAUGAAUUUGAGAAAAAUCUUCUAUCAAAUGUUAUCGCACCUAAUGACACUGGAGUUACCUUUGAGGACAUUGGAGCCCUGGACAAUUUGAAAGACACACUGAGGGAAUUGAUAAUGCUCCCUCUGCAGAGAUCUGAACUGUACAGCAAAGGGCAGCUAACAAAGCCUGUCAAGGGAAUACUGCUCUUUGGACCUCCUGGAACAGGUAAAACAAUGGUUGCAAAAGCAGUAGCAACUGAGGUUGGUGCAAACUUUAUCAAUGUACCAAUGUCAAGCAUUGCCUCAAAGUGGAUUGGAGAUGGAGAGAAAUACGUCAAGGCCAUUUUCUCUCUAGCUAGUAAACUAUCUCCUGCAGUAAUAUUUGUUGAUGAGGUUGACAGUUUGCUAGGAAGGAGGGGAAGACCAACAGAGCAUGAGACAACACGCAAGGUGAAAAAUGAAUUUAUGAUACAUUGGGAUGGUUUGUGUACUAAAGAGCAAGAACGUGUAAUCGUUCUUGGAGCCACAAAUAGGCCAUUUGACCUUGAUGAUGCUGUUGUUCGAAGAUUUCCUCACAGAUUAAUGGUGAGCCUUCCUGACAAGUCAAAUAGAGAAAAGAUUUUGAAAGUAAUACUAUCCAAAGAAACAUUAGAACCAGAUGUGGAUCUUGAAUCAAUUGCCAAAAUGGCUGAUGGAUAUUCAGGAAGUGACUUGAAGAAUCUAUGUGUAACUGCAGCACAUCGUCCCAUUCGUGAAAUUAUUGAGAAGGAAAAGAAGGAGAAGAGUCUGGCAAUAGCUGAAGGUAGGCCUGAGCCUCCGUUGUAUGGAAGGGAGGACAUUCGCCCACUUGGAAUGGAUGACUUGAAAUUUGCGCUUGGACAGGUGUGUGCUAGCUUUCCAUCUGAUUCAGAAACCAUGGCCCAAAUUUCUAAGUGGAAUAACGAGUUUGGAAGCGGCGGCGGGUCAAGAAAGAAGACACAACCGCACACAUACUUCAUGUAGCUGAACUUGAAAAUAGAGAAACAGCAGCAUCUUUACAGUUGCUUUAUACUUGCCAAACAGGCAUGUCCUCACAAGUAGCCAUUCCUGAUCCUUACUAGAUCAGGGUUUUUUCCUGCUCUAACAUACAGCUGCCAUCGCCUGACACACACUCCCUUGUAAUUAGUUAGAUUGCCUAAUGAAGUACCCGUAUCUGGAAUCAGAGGAUUCAUAUGAUUUUUUUGCUGUUGUAACUGAGAUCUGUAGUCGUUGCCCUAUACCAUCUUCUUACACCCUUGGUAUUCUGCAAAUCGGGAUAGGCUUGUACAUGUAAAGAACAGACUGGUUGAUUGCUGCAGGGGUUAUAUGUAUGGCAAUAUCUCAUAAAAAUGUUUUGUUGUACU